AUUUUGAAAGUUGAAUAUACGGAGAACACUCUAGAGAUCAGCCGCCAAAAAGCUGUUUCAAAAAGCAAAAAUAAAACAAAAACAUACAACAGCAGGGAUUCGCUGGUGGUCACCCACCCAACUACUAACCUGCCGGCGUGUGGCUUAAGUACGGCUGAGCGGACGGGAAGCCCUGUUCUCCACACCCUAUGGUCGUAUCUAUCUCUAUCUCGAAACUUUGCUACUUUCCAAUAUAUGUUCUAA